UCGUAACUUUUUGCUCUCGGAAUGUUGUAAAACUUAAAUGGAGUCUCCAAUUACCGUGUUUUCAUAAUUAUUUUCGCCGAUGUUUGAUUGUGAGUGUUUAAAUCAAAACAACAGUUGAAGAAAACACAAAGGAAUCAUGGCUUCCAAUACGGAAGAUAACACCAACCAUGCCCGACGUCGUCGACACAUACGAAGCAUCAACAUGAAGGUUUCCCGUCCAGUCUACACGGAGCAUGAGUUCCAGCAGGGCUACGAACAGAACGACCUUGAUCAGUCCGCGUCGAUGAGGGUACGGAAGUUCGUCGGACAGCAGCGGUGCACACUGAGUAGUGUAAAGAGUUUCAUGACUGGGCGAUUUCCCAUCUUCAAGUGGUUGCCUGCAUAUGAGGUCCGACAGAACUUAUUGAGUGACAUCAUCUCAGGGUUGACUGUCGGAACUAUGAGAAUACCUCAAGCAAUGGCGUAUGCACUGCUCGCUGCACUGCCUCCUGUGUAUGGUCUAUAUGUGGCAUUCUUUUCCGUUCUGUGUUAUACCAUCACGGGAACGUCACGGCACGUAUCACUUGGAACAUUUGCCGUUGUGUGCAUCAUGACCGGUCAGGCAAUCGACCGAAUACUGAGCGAUCCGUCCAAUGCGACUGAAGCAGCUACUGAAGGGUCCACAAAUGAUGAAAACAAUGAUUUACAAAGGGUGUAUGUUGCAUCCGCUUUGGCCUUAGCUGUUGGAAUAGCUCAGAUGUUAAUGGGCAUCUUCAGGUUGGGCUUUGUCACCAUCUACCUCUCUGAACCGCUGGUCAGGGGGUUCACUACUGGAGCAGCGGUUCACGUCUUCACCAGCCAGUUCAGACAUCUGUUUGGGAUCAGAGUUCAGAGGUCAACAGGGCCAUUUUCCCUCGUAAGGGGUUACAUUGAGUUUUUCAGCAAGCUCUCCCAGGUCAACGUGGCGGCAGUCAUCACGUCCAUCAUCACCAUCUCCUUUCUAGUCGCAAUCAACGAGAUCCGAGACUUCUUACGACACAGGGGGACACACAUGGUGAUAGACGGGGUGAGACAACGGGUCAGAGAACCUAGAAGGAAUAUCCCCGUCCCCUCGGAGCUCAUCGUUAUAAUUGUGGCAACGGUCAUCUCAUACUUUGGACAUUUCAACGACAAUUUGGACCUGGCUGUUGUCGGAAACAUUCCCACAGGUAUUCCUGCUCCUAGACUGCCCUCGCUGGGCUACUUCAGUGUCCUCAUCGGGGACGCCAUUGCCAUCGCAAUCGUGGGCUUUGCUGUUUCUAUCUCCAUGGCAAAGAUAUUUGCAAAGAAACACAAAUAUGAGAUAGAUGCAAAUCAGGAGUUACUGGCCUAUGGGAGUUGUCAGAUCUUUGGUUCCUUCUUCAAUUGUUUCCCGGUCUCCGCUUCAUUAUCACGGUCGCUCGUCCAGGACGUAUCUGGCGGUAAAACUCAGCUUGCUGGACUGAUAUCCAGCCUGGUUGUUCUACUGGUUCUACUUCUUAUUGGUCCACUAUUUACAGAUUUACCCAAGUGCUGUCUUGCAUCCAUCAUUGUAGUAGCGCUUGCUGGCAUGUUUCGUCAGGUCAAGGAUCUGGUACUGCUGUGGCAGGUUUCAACCUAUGACUUUUUGAUAUGGAUGGUAACCUGCCUCUCUACCAUCUUACUCGGCGUGGAUAUCGGCUUGGCUAUAGGUGUUGUGUUCUCCCUAAUGACGGUCAUCAUACGCACCCAGCAACCUUACAGCUCGAUCAUCGGCCGCAUUCCUGGCACUGACAUCUACAGAGAUAUCAACUACUAUGAGGCAGCUGAACAGGUUCCUGGGAUUAAGAUAUUCAGAUCUCAGUCCUGCCUGUGUUUCGUCAACGCCGAAUACUUCAAGAAUUCUCUCUACUCUAAAGUCUUCAAGAAGAAACAACGACGAGGUACCAGUGACACUAUUAAUGGAAAUGGUCUUAAUGGGACCCAACCGCACAACGGCAACGAACGGACUCCCCAAAGCUCAUCAGAAACCUCAGAACUCUCCAGUCUCUCUGGUGCGAUGACAUCAUCAGAGAAUCCCCUCCACACCAUUAUUAUCGAUUGUAGCAUGUUCAGUUUCGUGGACAUGGUCGGUCUGAAGACGCUACAUUCAAUCGUCGAUCACUGCUGCAAGAAAGAAAUCCACGUAGUCUUCGCAGGAUGUAAAGUUGCCACGAGGGAAGCCCUGCUUCAGUAUUUUGAUCGGUUAAACGACCACACUAUUGGGUUGGAUCACAUGUAUCUAACUGUCCAUGACGCCGUUCUUCAUUCCCAACAUCUUCCAAUCACACCUACAACCACACCUUCAGAGGUCACUUUUCCUGCCACGAGACAAGAAUCAGCCUCCGUCGAAGCCCAGGUCAGUUUAAUGUCCGCCAGAAACGGAAGAGUUGACCAAGAAGUGUCGUCGGUAUGACGUGGAAAACCAUUUUUUUUUAUCUGUACUAACCAUUAAUAUAUUCUUGAACGACGGUAUGACGUGGAAAACCAUUUUUUAAAUCUGUAAUAACCAGUAAUAUAUUCAAGUUGGUAAUGUAAUUGCGACAAAGACACUGCUGUUGAGGAAUAAUUUAGUUGGGAUCCAUUUAUGUUGUUGAUUUAAUAGCAAUGCUUGAGUGGUUAUUUAGGCUUAGAGGGAUUCCACCAAUAUAUACAUAAACACCUAUAUACCUGCACCCCCACACUUUCCAUUUUUCUAAUUUCGGUGUUGUUUGGAUAACCUUGAUGACUUUUUGUCUUUCACGUCUUUUUUUAUAGGAUUUUAUUUUAAUUGUGCAUUAUUUGAUAGAUCUUCUUGUGUGAGUGUGAUAUUCAUUUUUCUUUAAAAUUAUAGGGUGUGACUUUCAAUAUAUAUCUGUUGUUGAUGGUCAAAGAGAUAGGAAUAACAGUUUUUUUAAUGUAACAAGAUUCACUGUGGAAUUGUGAGAUUUGAUUUAUGGUUUGACCUUCUUCAGUUUCCUGUUAUGAUUUCAAGGUUAUUAUUUUGAUGUGUUAACUGCACUGAGUAGACAAGCAAUUUUUGUUUUAUAGGAACUUUUUGUUUUGUUGUCAAUGGUUAAUCCCAUUGAAUGUAGUCAGUACUUUCAUCAUGUAUAUACUUAGUAUUUUAUUCCUUUAGACUGAGCAAUCUAAUGAAAAAAGACACAUGGCAUCAUCGUUAACCUUACACGAAUAUAGAUGUUGUAUUUGCAGACAAAUCAAUUCUGAUAUGGGCACCCACACCUGUGGUGGUCCCCCCCCCCCUAAUAGCGGUUACCCAACUGCCUGUAUUCACCCCCCCCCCCCAUUGAUCUGAACAUGUUGAAGGAAAAUACAUCUUUGUAAUUUGUUCUGUAUCAUCAGUAGGGAGAUUGAGAAAAACAUACGCAAUGAACUGAAAUAAAUAAUAUCUCUAAAUUGAGCUGCAAUAUAUAGGCCUAUUAAAGUUACUGCAAAUUAUUUUAUAAAGUUUUGUACUACAACUCAAUGUUUAGCAGUGGACAAACAGUUUGGCAAAGUAACAUGUUUUUCGAAGUAAUUUUAAAAGUUCUUUUAUUAUUUGUGAAUUAGAGGGCCAGAUGGUACUUUUUGGGUAUUUACAGUACUCUAAAAUACAAUGACCAUAACAACUAAUUGGUUUAAUAGCAAUUUGAGAAAUGAUCCCCUUCGAAGAUGUUUUUUUUUUUUUUUUUUUUUUUUUUGCAAAAACAAUAGUUGGUGGUGAGAAAGAGUCUGGUAUAACGUCAGGCCACCAAAUAUUUGUUUUAUAUAUAUUUGCAAUAGCUAUUAUAUCAAUAUUGAGCCGGCGAGGGCCUUUAUCACACGGCAACGACCCUGCAAGGUUUUAAACGGACAUUUAACAACGAGUCACUAUUCUUU